AUGGAGCCGGCAACUUAUAGCGCGGGACAAUACUGGUGGAACGGCCCCCAGCCGCCCUGGAGCCGCCGUGCUCCCCUCCACUCCUCCUUCCCGCCGCCGCCUUGCCCUCCCCGCGGCUCCGCUGAGGCGCGGGCUGAAGGGGUUGUUCAUGAGUUCACACAAUGGAAAAAAUGCGUCGAAAAGGAAGGAGAUGCUGCAAAAAGAUGGUCUGACAAAUGGGGGUUCUUGAAAACACCUCUUGAGGAGUUGAUAGGAGAUGAAAAAAAAGAUGCAAAGCCCAAGAUAGAGCUUCCAGAACACAUGCGGAUUCGCCCUGUGACACCUGUGGAAAAAUACAUUAAGGUGCUUCCGUCUCCUCCAGUGCCUAAAACUACGCAGGGAUUCAUUGGCUGGAGAUCAGCUGUGCCAGGGCUGGAGCUGGAGAUCGACCAUCAGAUCCGGAGCUGCAAAGGAGCCCUCUGCAGGAGCCUGAACUGACCCGGGGCCCCACUGACAGGAACCAAGGAUUAGGCACACAGAUCCACUUGCAGUCCUGGCUACACAUCCCACAGUGGACUGGUGGACUGUUGAAUAUUUAUGCUUUCCACGUGAUUUAUGUAAACAUCCACAAUCAUUUUGGUAAAGGUAUUUUCAUGGAGCAUUUUGCUUGUUAGUGAUUAUUUAAACCUGUGGCUUCCAAGGUGUUAACUCGGCUUCAGGUUUACUUCAAAAUAACAAUGAAUACACUCAGAUAAAGAUCACAAAGCAGGUACUAUUUUUAUUUGCAUUAAUAAGACUAUAAUUUAAAAAUACUUAUUGGAAGUUGGAAUGACAGAGCAAAUUUUUAUAAUUGUUUCUCCAUGAGAUCCUCUACUCCUACUCAGUUUCACAGCAUUCUUCAAAUAUAAAUACAGACUACUGUGUUCCUGACAAUCCAACUGUACUGCUCAUUCCCAAUUCAUCACUUACCACUGCUGGAAUCUGUGUUUAGAAUUCAUUUUCCAUGAGCACUGACCUGGCCCACUGUUGAGUUCUCAGGUGCCUGUGCUGGCACAAAACCAUCUCUUCUGUACAGAGAGGAUGAGAAGAUGCAGAGGAGGGUGUCAGGCAUGACUUCAGUCAGCUCAGGCUGCCAUGGGACUGCAUCCUUGCAUUUGGAAAGAAGCUUCCCUCAUUAAAAAACAAAACACAGCAAACAAACAAAAAACACCUGCAGAAAAAAACAAUUAUUAGGCUUCAUCACAGUGUGUCCACUGGAGCUUGAAAAAAGCACACAAACCAUAAGUGUAGUUAAGUCAUAAUUAUAAAAUACACUGGGUUUGUAUUGUGUGCUCUUUGCAGGUAUUCUGUGUAGUUACACACAUAAGUAAUUGAGUAGUUCCCAGUACACAAACAAAGUGUGCAAGGGCCACAGUGACACGAAGUCACUUUGAAAAAUCAGUUUUGGUAUCAAAACAGGGUUUUUUUCAAUUAGUUAAUCAGAAUGCAAAUGGGUUACAAGGCAUUUAUGUCACUUCAGUUUUGUGUGUACCAAUAUUUGUCCCAGCCAGGACAGGUCAAUACUCGGGAACAGCAGAGGAUUGCACUGGGAGUUACUGGUGUAGCUCCCCCGUGCUGUGGAGAUCAGUCUUGCACUUCGUUCCCUGCAGGUUUGCCAGGAUUUUUGGAAACUCGGAGGAGACUCCAUUGCAGCAGGAUGUAAUUCUAACUGGCCAACAUGUUUAAACUAGAAGGUUGCUUAAACAAAAAGGAGCCUCCAAAAAGUCAACACAGGCAGCUUCUUCUAACUCCUUAUUACUUAAAGAGGAAAGAUGUUGCUUUUUAAUCCUGCUGCAGGAUCUCCAUUGUGUUCUCCAGCCAUCAAUAGCUACCUCUUGAGUCAGCACUAAGUGCUUGGCUAUCAUAGCAGUAAGUCAGCAGCCAGUGUUUGUUCUUCCCUUCUUCCCAAGAAAUGACUCACAAUGAUCAACAUCCCACCUUUUUUUUUUUUUUAAUCCAGUUCCAAAUGCCCACAAAAUAAUAAUAUUUUACUUUUUCCAUAUUCUUUACAAAUAAUGGAGAAGUGACUCAUAUCCUUUGGAAGGAUUACCCAAGAAUGAGAACACAUAGCAGGAGUAACUUCAGACACAUUACUUAAAAACCAGAAUAAAGAAUAACUUGGAAUCAGACUGGAAAUUUAAGCUAAAUUGCAGUUUAGCUACUAACUAUAACUUGUUUAAACUGUUCUUUGAACAGCCAAGAUCAUUGUAAGAACAGUAUUUUAGAUCAGUGUGCUUUCUUGUCAUUGCCAGGUUUGUAUCUCUUGCUUAUUUUAAUCAUGUGGUUCUUCAGUUUAUUUUAAGGUCCUAAGAUCCUCUUAUUGUCUGCUUUAUAUAAACAGGUAUAAUAAUGAUUGGUAUGUAAUUUAGUAACAACAAAAUUACAUUAAUUCAGGCCAAAUGAAAGGGGAACUUCAAGACCACUGGUUUCCCAAGAGUUGUAUUAAAUAACCAAAGCUGGCACCUGAUAUCCAGUGGAUGUUUGUGUGAAGAGAAAUCCAAAUGAACCGUGGUUAGAUUUUGAAAACCAAAAUAAACUCUUUGUCCAGCAUCUACAGUUGGAGAUUUCUGAAUCUUAUUCCUGAUGUCUGAAUAUUAACUCUGUACUAAUAAGGGGGUUUCAUUAUACAUUCUGCCAU